AUGUAUACCCUGUGGUCGCUCGUUUGUCUAUAUGUUGCGCUCUCUAGUGCACUGAACUUGGAUCUGAGUUUGGCCUUGAGCUUGGACAAGAGACUGCCCCUCAGGUUCAUGCGCAGAGACAUCGUUUAUUCCAAUACCACGUCGCCCCAGCUAGACCUCAGACCAGAGGUCACCACGAUCGCUUCGCCGAGUACAUCUAAUCCCGUUCUCAGUGAGACGACCUUGUCUACUGAGCCAACAAUCGCUGUACCGGAGUCUACGUCGCCUCUCAGUAUCGCCGAUACGAACCCGAGCUCUGCUACAAUCGCCCCGUUCAGCUUUCCUCCUAACCUUCCACCCACUGUUACCAGCACAAGCACAAUCGUUCCAGUCAAUCCUCCGCCAGUCCAAGACCCUCGCGGCUCGAGUCCCAGUUCAUUGACAAUCGCUACACUCAGUCCUCCACCCAUUUUUGGUCCAUCGACCCCUCCCGAAACAACAGCUACCACAUCAGUUGAUACAUCAACCAUUUCUUCCUCCAGCAACAUUGUUACUCCUAUCAAUGGACCUGCGCCGCCCGUUCUCAAAACCCCUCCACCACUACCAUCUUUCACACGACCUUUCACGAACUCGAGCCUGAGUAUAGAUCUCGGCAGUACUACAAAUGCCUCGACGACAUCCCCAACUUGCACUGGCUCAGUCACUUACUUUGGCUCCGUUCCGCCCACGGUCUACGUCACAGUCACCGAAGGCUUCAACGUGACGAUGACAGCCAGCAAUGCGUCCAUGACCGAGACACCGACUUUAAUCACGCCUUUGCCUGCCUGUCAAGCAACGAUCAUGCCCAUUGCUGCGUCAUAUAACCCUGCAUCGUCCGCCAGCGGGGAGGACCGGAGUAAAACAGAGUCGAACAUUCCAGGCCCAUCGACUAUUCCUCAAUUUGCUACCAAUAAUCCGUUUUUUGCUCCCGAAUCCUCUGCGCCCGUGGUGCCAGGAGAAACCCCUGCCCUUGCGAGUACUCAACCACCAUUGGUGUCCGCUUCGCUAGCUUCAUCGGCUGUCUACUCGAGUGUCGACUAUACCAGUACUGUCGUCGUCACAAAGAAGACCCCGGUUCCCGUGGUGGCCCCGCCAACCACUUCUAUCGACAUCAACUUCAAUUUCCCCUCGCAGAAUCCCACCCCUCCCCCCAGCGGAGCAAUAACGGUGACAGCAAUAGUGGUGAUAGUGGACAAAACACUCAACAACGCACCCGUCACUCCCGCAACAAAUAAUGGAGGUAGUUUCCCAUCAAUCAGUGCUCCGACUGGCGGAAGUUUGAUUGUCGAAGCUCCAACAACUACACGAUUGGGCAACAUCAUUGCUUCUAUCCUCAACUCGCCCUUUGCGACUGCCUCGCCGACUAGUCGUGCCUCUGGAGCCGCUCCCUUGACCACCACUGUCAACGGUGUCCCGAUCAUUGUACAGCCUUUUAGCGUGGUCAUUGGGAGUCAGACCGUCGCGAUUCCCAAUUCGGUCCCCACCACUGUGCAAGCAUCUGGUGCUGUGUUUACUGUGGAGCCCUCCAAGAUAAUAGCUCCUUCGACGACCAUAACAAUAUCACAGCUUCCACAUGAGCAGAUUGUAACGCCAGUUCCAACGGGUACGAUUACUACCGCAUUUGGCGGUCUCACUCUCACCGUCGGGCCAACGGUCGCGAUUAUCUCUGGAACAACGUACAGGGUCGGGCAGGGUGCGCCAGCUACGACCGUCACCGUUGAUGGAACCAGGAUCUCCAUCGGCUCUGCUGGCGUGGGAUUGCCCGGCACUAUUGUGGCGCCUGGUGGUGCGACGCCGUUUACUGUCUACACUGUAGAAGGUCUGACCUUCUCUAUCGCUGGUACUGAGGCUAUUGUUGGGGGCACCACAUAUCGCAUUGGGUCGAACGCUCCCCAGCUCACUACGACCAUUGGGUCGCAACAUGUGUCGGUAUCGCUCGGCCCUGGUGGCGUUGGACUGGCAAGCACUACGUUGACUCCUGGCGGGCCGACUGGCUCUCCCUUUGUUGUCUACACCGCUGAAGGAUUGACUUUCUCGGUCGACGGUAGUGAAGCCGUUGUCAGUGGCACUACUUACCGCAUUGGAUCCAACGCUCCCCAGGUGACUACAACCAUCGGUUCGGAACAUGUGUCGGUGUCAUUUGGUCCCGGGGGAAUCGGCCUCGACUCGACCACGAUUGUUCCACAAACAACCUCGUCACACAAAUCGACCACCGAGUCAAAAACCGCAUCCGCGACUACAUCUCCGACACAGUCUGCAGAUGUCGCCAACGACGCACUAUCCAGGACUUUACCAGCCAGUCUGCGAUGCUGUCUAUUUGUUCUGUCUUUGGGAUGGCUUGUUAUUUGA